UUCUCUGGUUUUAACCCAUAUCUCAAUUCACUCUUAUUCCUUCUCCAUUUCUCUCUUCUCUCUUAUAUCUCUGUCCUCUCUUCCUGAACAAGUCUGCUCUCUGCAACUAUCGAAUUUUCGGGCAAAAAGGCUCGUAAAGGAAGUUCAAGAAGUGCAUUAUCAGAACAAGUCUGGUUUCUGAUUGAAAAAAAAAUGUCGAAUUGUGUCAAGAAAUAUCCUACGAAAGAGUUCUCUACGCCUCCAAGGUCAUGGCAAUCGUUGCCCUGUUCUCCGAUGCCACCAACAGAGAAGAAGCAAUCGUCACCCCCGGUUAGACUUGAUUCUUUUCAUGUAAUUCACAAGGUACCAGCCGGAGAUUCUCCUUAUGUGAAGGCCAAACAUGCUCAGUUAAUAGAAAAGGAUCCUAGCAGGGCUGUCUCCCUAUUCUGGUCUUCAAUAAAUUCUGGUGAUCGAGUUGAUAGUGCCCUGAAAGAUAUGGCAAUUGUGAUGAAACAAUUGAAUAGAGCUGACGAGGCGAUUGAGGCGAUCAGAUCUUUCCGUCAUCUUUGCCCUCCUCAAACUCAGGAAUCUCUUGACAACAUCCUUGUUGACCUGUACAAGAGAUGUGGUAGAUUCGAAGAACAAAUUCAGCUGCUUCAACACAAGCUGAACCUUGUUGAAGAAGGUACAGCAUUUGGUGGCAAGAAAACAAAGUUAGCCAGGUCUCAAGGGAAAAAGCUUCAUGUAACCAUUGCCCAAGAGAAAUCAAGAUUACUGGGGAAUUUGGCCUGGGCUUACAUGCAACUGAACAACUACCAAACUGCAGAAGAAAUUUAUAGGAAAGCCCUCUCUAUAGAACCAGAUAAGAACAAACAGUGCAACCUUUCUGUCUGUUUGAUGAUGAGUGGGGAGAUAGAAGAAGCCAAGUCUCUUCUACAGAAAAUAGCACCUUCAACCAAAGAUCGAGAAGUAGGAGACUCCUACAUUAAAUCAUUUGAUCGUGCCUCAGAGGUACUGACUGAGCUUGACUCACAAUCAAUCCUGAACCCAGUUAAGCAUACAAAAGAGGAUAAAGAUGGCCACAGAUCUUUUACUCCCAUUAACAGAAGUUCAAAAGCAUUGGCUUCAUUCUUCAAUGCUCAGAAUCAAGGUUGUGACCUCUCGGGCUGCAGAAAAAGGGAAGAUGAGAACUACCACGAAGUGGUGCAUUCAGAGGUCAAUUCAAAUUCUUCUAUUGAAAAGCAGAAGAAAAUAUCAUUUUCCCGAAACCUGUUCAAGAAUGAAGUUGGUAUCUCUGGCUCUGAGAAGAGAAGAUGGGGUGAUGAGACAGAGUUUGAAGAAAUUUGUUUUAGGAGAAAUACUAAUGGAACUCCACAACAUGUCUCCUUCCAACCAAGGAGUGGUCAGCAGUCUUAUGAUAGGCCAUUGUAUGUUGAUAAAUGGAACAAAGGAGGUUAUUCACCAAGGGGACUGGAGAGAAUUUCUGGCCUAGCUAGCUCUCAGGAGGGAAGAUGCAGUAGUGAGAGGGAAAUCAAAGAAGGUUCUGCAAACAAGGGCACAGAUAAAAAUGUCAAUGUAUACGAUCUCACAGUUUCUGAUCAUGGAAAUUUGAAGCCUAAAUGGAAAGGAGCAAUGUGCAGUUCACAGUAUUCCAUUGGAGGAGACGAGAAAAGAUCAUGUUCAGUGAGAGAGGGCAGUUCAAAUACUAAACUAUUGAUUGAACAAUCAAUACCAAUUGAAAAUGUCCAUGCAACACCACCACAAAAGCUUGCAGUCAAUGGUGGGGAUGGGGAUCAUAGGUCUGAAACUGCAGUCCUAGGCAUUGAAAGCGAAAAUGUUGGAAGGAAUAACUGUUAUGAAGGGGAUAAUCUUUCAGUAUCCACUAUUACAGGCAAUUCAAAGCCAACUCUAUCUUUCUCUUUCUUCAAGAGUGAGAAGAGUUGGGCUGAUAUGGUUGAAGAAGAAGAAGCAGAAGAAGCAUUCUCAACUUCAAAAAUGGACUUUAUGACCACUAGAGAGACACUCCAGUCCCAAGACUCAUCAUCAGUUUCAUUUGAAACCCCUACAACAUGGGCUGAUGAAGGUAAUUAUGGAAAAUCCUUUCAUGAUGAAAAUUUGAACUCUAACAUUGUCAAUGUCAUUCCUCCUCGUUCUGUCACUGCAACACGUCCACUAUUGCAGUUACCUCCUCAGAACUAUGUUGAGACUUUAAGACAGAAGCUUCAAGCAGUUGAUCUGAAAGAAGGAUAUACAAGAAGCAAAGGUGAGAUUACGAAUCCAAUGUCUCAACGCAAGUGGGACUCAGCAGACUACUACCAUUCUGCGUCGCCGAAAAGGGCCUUGGCUUUUAAUGAUCAAAAUUUUGUACAAACAAGGGGAAGUGGCUCUGCCUGUUGGAGUAGUAUUUCAAAGGCAAAGUGGAGACAAACCAGGCUUCAAGUUUUCAGGGACAUCACUCCAGAUAGCCCAAGAACUGGAAUAUAAUCUGUAUAUUGGACAGUAAACCUAUAAGUGUAUAGAGUAACAUACAUCUUUGUACAAAAUAAUCGAUGUUUCACAAUCUUAGCUUUGCUAUUUGAUUCCAUUUAUGUAAUCUUUGGUUCUGGUUUAGUAGUCAGAGGAUCUGCAUUAUUCUGUUUCAUUUUGGCUGUUGAUGGUAUUUCUCUUGUAGG